AUGCAACGACUACGUACAACAUUCACGCGUUCGCGCACACCAACCGGAGCCGAAAUGAAAAUGCAGAAUAGUCUUGAAGUUCCUAAACAGGUGCGCUCGGCCUCCUUUGAUGAAAUGCAGUUGGAGGCGCAACGCGUCUCGGCACACCUGCUGAAGCAGCAGUCGUCCUCUUCGGCAGACGAACGGUCCUCGGAGGGCGGCUAUCUGCAGGUACCGCAGGCUGCGCAUGCGCAGCGCUCGCACAGCUUCGACUCGGCUGCCGCAUCGGUGGGAAGCGAUGAUUCCGGCACGUUUCUCGAGGUGCCACGUCGGCUUAAGGCGCGUCGCAGCUCGUCUACCAAGACGCCGCCGCCGUGCAUCCAUUGCUAUUAUGUGGAGCAGUACGAGAAGCAAAUGAGCGCCGAGCAGCGUUACUUCAUUGAUCAUCGGGAGCUAACAACCCUCAGCUAUAGCAACACCAGCUCGGAGGUUAGCGAGGAUGCCGACGAGUGCGAGGACAUAACCGAGGCACUGGAGGACGAGGAUGAGGACGGUGCAGAAGCACAAGUUGUGCGCGAUAGCAGCGUCCCGGAGGACGAUGAUGAUGCAGCCGUUGAAAUGGACAUACGCAUGACCAAUCUCAGCAUGGGCAUAAGCAUGGGCAGCAGCAUUGAAGAGUCCCGUGCCCGGUUGCCGCGUCAAAUGCGCCGCCAUACCAUCGGCAGUUCGGUCACCACCUCGGAGGACGAAGGUCUCGAGGAGUCGGAGCACGGCUCGCCGCAUUUUGGCAACACGCUGCUGCCCCCGCAGCCAACAACCCCCUGUGGCAUCACCUUCACCCUAUCACCCACCAAUGGCGAUUACCCACCCUUUCCCUAUGUCUUACCCAUCGAUCCGGGCACUCCACCCGCCUCGCCCUCCUUCUCGCUAUCAGUUUCAACGGCUGCGGCAGCCGCACUCUCCCUGCCCUCGAUCAGCUCGCCCGGAGGCGCUGCAGGCACAGCCUGCGCCAGCGCUGAUGCCGACGAUGCGAUCGCUUUGGGAAUGGGUGCACCACCACUUUCGCCGACCAUGCUGCGUCCGAGGCGUCGCUCCAUCUCCCGGCAGGAGGCCAUAUUUGUGGAGCCCACUGGCAAUUCUUUGGAGAAUGUGUCGCACGAGGAGGUGGACACUACGAAAUCAUCGGUGGACACGGCCGAUUCAAUGGAUGAGGCCUCUAACAUGGCCACCUGUGGCUCACCUAUGGCAGCAGCGGCUGCUGCUGCCGCAGCCACCGGUGGGGCACCGCAUCAUGCGUUCGUCGUUAGGGACAUCUAUUUGACCGUUCCGGAUCUGAAGCGGGAUCGCGCCGCCUCUGUGGACUCGUGCUUCUCGAAGGUAUCUUCGGGUGGCAAGACCGAGGAGUUGCAGCCCAGCGAGGAUGGCUGUUUCCUCACCGUACCGAACAUCAAUGCCACUCGCUCCCGUUCCGUCGACAUUGUCCUCCCCACGGAUGAGCAGGCGCGCUACAAGGCGCUUGCCAUGACUGGCAGCGGAGGCGCCACAGGCCUCUAUGCUGACGGACGCACGGCCUCAUCGAGCAAUGCCCGGCGACCGAUUCGGAUUGUGCCGGACUGGACGGAGAAUGCGGUACAGGGGGAGCAUUACUGGAAGCCCACAUCGGCAUCGGGCGAUUUGUGCUGUUUGAACGAGGAGUGCAUUAAGAGCGGUCAACGCAUGAAGUGCUCGGCCUGUCAACUGAUUGCACAUCAGAAUUGCAUUCCAAUUGUGAAUGAAAAGACUCAACUAGCAUGUAAGCCAACAUAUCGGGAUGUAGGAAUAAGGCAAUACCGGGAGCAGACGACAACACAUCAUCAUUGGGUGCAUCGCAAGAUGGAGAAGGGAAAGUGCAAGCAGUGCGGCAAGGUCGGUUUCAAGACUAUACUCGCAUAUUUACAAAUAAGUAUUUUAUUUGACAUUUUAAAUAACGAUAACUUCCUGCAGGCUGUACAAGGAAAGCUUUUUGGCUCAAAGGAAAUUGUCGCAUUGUCCUGUGCCUGGUGUCACGAGAUCUAUCACAACAAGGAGUCGUGCUUCAAUCAGGAAAAAAUUGGCGAGGAAUGCCGACUAGGCAACUAUGCGCCCAUCAUCGUGCCACCAUCAUGGAUUGUGAAGCUGCCAAACAAGGGAAACUUUAAGUCGUCGAUUCGUGUGAGCAACAAGAGUGGUGCGGCCGCGGCUGGUGGUGGUGGUGGUGGGGCCACUAAGGGCAAUAAAAAGCAAACCCAGAAGCGCAACAAAGGCAAGGACGAAAAGAAGGAGCCGCGUGCGUUUAUUGUGAAGCCCAUUCCCUCGCCCGAGGUAAUACCUGUCAUAGUGUUUAUCAAUCCAAAGUCGGGUGGCAAUCAAGGCGUCAAGUUGCUGGGCAAGUUCCAGCACCUACUCAAUCCACGGCAGGUGUUUGAUUUGACACAGGGCGGACCCAAAAUGGGACUCGACAUGUUUCGUAAGGCUCCCAAUUUGCGUAUUCUGGCCUGCGGUGGUGACGGCACCGUCGGCUGGGUCUUAUCCGUGCUCGAUCAAAUACAUCCGCCGCUGCAGCCGGUUCCAGCUGUAGGUGUUCUACCUCUAGGCACAGGCAACGAUUUGGCACGCGCCCUAGGCUGGGGUGGACAUUACCCUUUCUUCCUUCACUAGGGCUACACCGAUGAACCGAUUGGAAAAAUCUUGCGUGAGAUCGGCAUGUCGCAGUCCGUGCUUAUGGAUCGCUGGAGUGUUAAUGUAACGCCUAAUGACGACGUCACUGACGAUCAUGUCGAUCGGAGCAAGCCCAAUGUGCCGCUCAACGUAAUGAACAAUUACUUCUCGUUUGGCGUUGACGCGCACAUUGCUUUGGAAUUUCACGAGGCGCGUGAGGCGCAUCCGGAGCGCUUCAAUUCGCGUCUCCGCAACAAGAUGUAUUACGGCCAAAUGGGCGGCAAGGAUCUCAUAUUGCGCCAAUAUCGAAAUCUCUCUCAAUGGGUGACUCUCGAGUGCGAUGGCCAGGACUUCACGGGCAAGCUGCGCGAUGCCGGCUGCCAUGCCGUCCUCUUUCUCAACAUACCCAGCUAUGGCGGCGGCACUCACCCCUGGAACGAUUCCUUCGGGAACGCGAAGCCGUCCAUAGAAGAUGGCAUGAUGGAGGUAGUCGGUCUUACCACCUACCAGCUGCCGAUGCUGCAGGCGGGCAUGCACGGCACCUGCAUCUGCCAGUGCCGGAAGGCGCGCAUUAUCACCAAACGCACCAUUCCCAUGCAGGUGGAUGGCGAGGCGUGUCGCGUCAAGCCAUCCAUUAUCGAUAUAGAACUUCUUAACAAGGCACUAAUGCUCUCCAAACGCAAGCACGGACGCGGCGAUGUACAAGUAAAUCCGCUGGAGAAAAUGCAAUUGAAUAUACUGCGGGUAACCAUGCAACAAUAUGAACAAUACCAUUAUGACAAGGACAUGCUGCGCAAGCUGGCCAACAAGCUGGGCAACAUUGAACUCGAAUCUCAGUGCGAUUUGGAGCACGUGCGCAACCUACUCAAUACUAAGUUCGAGGAGUCCAUAUCCUAUCCGAAGGUCUCGCAGGAUUGGUGUUUCAUAGACUCCUGCACUGCUGAGCAUUAUUUCCGCAUCGAUCGGGCCCAAGAGCAUUUGCAUUAUAUCUGCGACAUUGCGAUCGAUGAGCUAUACAUAUUGGAUCAUGAGGCGGCAACAAUGCCACAAACACCGGAUCAGGAGCGCUCCUUUGCCGCCUUCUCGCAGCGACAGGCGCAGAACGAGCGCCGCCAGCUGGACCAGUCCGGCCGCGGCACCGGCAGCACGGAUGAUGAUUUGCAAAUCGGCUCGAAGCCCAUUAAAGUGAUGAAGUGGAAGAGCAACAAAGAUCGUUUAUUCAGUUUCAACGAAGAUGUUUUUGGUUAUGGAUUCAGCCCUAUACUGGAGCAAACUUCCGAUGCCAUACUACUAGCGGCCCAGAGCGGCGAUCUAAAUAUGUUACGUGCUCUACAUGAACAAGGAUACUCAUUACAAUCAGUGAACAAGAACGGACAGACGGCACUGCAUUUCGCUUGCAAAUAUAAUCAUAAGGACAUCGUCAAAUACAUCAUCUCGUGUGCCACACGUCGCGUCAUCAAUAUGCCAGACAAAGAGGGUGGCCAGACGGCUUUGCACAUUGCUGCGGAGCAGAAUCGCCGCGAUAUUUGCGUCAUGUUGGUGGCUGCUGGCGCCAAUCUUCAGGCUCGGGAUGUGUGCGGCAACACCGCCAUGAUGGUGGCAUUCAACAAGAACGCCAACGAGAUCGCAACCUAUUUGGAAAGUCAAGAGCGUUUCAUGCAUUUGGAGGUGCAAACCAGAAAUUAGAAGGCAGCACGUCAGCCCAAAGCAAAACCGCCCUACACUAGUUUUAAGUGCAAACUAACUAACUAAACGAAAACAAACAAAUAAAUAAAUGAAUAAACCCCAUACAAGAAUAUGAGACGGGAAGCGAGACGAUGCGAUACGAAGCGAAGCGAAGCGAUGAGAGAUCGAAGGAAGAGUAUGUGCAGAGUGUGUGCAGAAAGUGCUGAAAACGAUAGUCAAGUAAAACUAAAUAAUAGUAGAAACCGCAGCAGGUCAAGUCAAGUCAGGUAGAGGAGGUAGGAAGUGAAAGCUACAUAUUUUUUUUAUCACUCAAAUAUAUAUAUUAUUAGUGUCGUGAAUAUAUGAAAUAUUUCAAAUUAUUUACCCUUAGCUUAAGCAACAGAAACGAGAAAUCUCACAACAAAACAACAAUUUGCAGCACAGCUCCUGAAAGCUGAAGAAGCAAUUUAUUUAAAAUUUUAUUAAACGCAAAUAAUGCAAAAAUAAAAUAUGCAGUACAACAAUUAAUCAAAUGCAAUUUUCCCCCUUCACACACACACACACACACACACUUUGAGGUUAGAAGAAAUAAAUGGAAUUCGUUUUGAAGUUUAUGACAUUUUCGACUUUUUUGACUUUUUUUCGGCAAACAAAAUUGAAAUUGUAAACAAAAUAAUUAUAUUGUGAUAUCUAAAUUUAAUUGAAUUAUCAAACACUAUUAAUUACUACCAACUACUACUACUAACUAAAGGCAAGGAAGCAAACAAACUAACUAACUAGCGUGGCACCCCACGGAACUUACAAUUGAUAUUAUCUCUGAGCUGAGCUAGAAAGUAUGUAAAUAAUUGAGAAUACAGAGCUAUAUUAUCACGCAGCUAUAUAUUUGAUAUCCAAAUAUCCAUAAUAAUAAUCACUCGUUGUUGGUUUUUUUUUUUUUUUUUUUUUUUUUUUUGAAUACAGUUAGCUUUAAGAGAACGUAACGAAACUAUGGCCAAGUAAAGCCCAUACAAUAUUCAAUAUUCACACACACACACCCACACACACACACACAUAAUUAUGAUAUUAACCCUUCCUACUGAGACCGCCCGAACCUAACGAGUUUCAACUGCAAUGAGCAGCCCCGACUUAACCUCAAACUAACCACAUUGUGGGUAUAUAUUUAUAGUAAAUCAGUCGUUUCAUACGUUGUUUCUAUAUACUAGCUGCAGCCAUGAAACGAAAUGGCAUGAAACAGAACUCUACACAUACGAGUAGAAGUCCAGUUGGCAGCACUGUGCAACGAAAUGGCUUCAAACAUGGCACUAACUUGUCAGCACUUUUCGCCCCACCCCCUCUGCCCAAACGAAAAGCACCAAAAACAAUACUAAAGACUAUCUAUCGACUUUGAAACACAACAACAACAACAAAAACAACAAAACAAAUACAGCAGAACAACAGAAUUACAAACUAAGCUUAAAAUAUACGAUUAUACACAUAUGCAUAUAAAUUUAAUCAAACUUAAAAUAUAUACUAAACAAUACUUAUAUGUAAUUGUAAUUUUUUUUUGUGUGAUUAGAACAGAUCUUAAGAUAAUAAUUGUAAAACCGCGCUAAAGUCAAUUACGUUUCGAAAAUGUUUGCUUAGAAGCAAAGAAAUCUCAUUGCACCUAUUUCUAAAGCAACGCGUAAUCCACUAGAGUGCAUAAUUAGCCGCUAAGUACCAUAUUUAUAUAUUAUAGACGUAUUACAUAUGGAGAAACAGAAAACUUUGUUGUCGCCCCCAAAUUUCUUUCCCGCAAAAAAAAUAUAUAAACUCUUCACGUCUGUACGUCAAUGGCUCUGGCGUAUCGAGAACAGGCGAGGGCUGAGCAGCGGGAAUAGCAGACCACAAAGUUUUUUCGUUUUCCAAUACAGUUAAGCAAAUUGGUAAUUAUGUUUUGGAUUCUUGCAUGACACACACAUACAUGUACACACACACACACACACACACACACACACACACAUACAAACACACAUUUGAUUAUAUAGUAUAUAACACGAUUUCCAAACAAAAUGAUUUGGGGCAACUUUUCGGCGCCGCAGCAAACUGCCCCAAGUCGAACGUCAAAAGUAGCUUCAAAUUGUGGCAAAGAAAUCGUAAUAAGAGAUAUCGGAGAGCUAAACUAAAAACUACAAAAAAUAUACCACACUCUAUAUACUAUAGAUACAUACUAUUUAUACAUGUAUAGCAAAUGACAAUCUAGACAAUUUGGCAUAAGACGAAACAAAAAGAAAAACAAAAACAAACAACCCUAAGUGAAAACCUAACAUUUGCUAAAUCGCUGAAAACGCCGCAGCUGCUGUCAGACACGCAAAUAGUUUGCUGGCAAAUUCAGCAUUCUCUUUUCAAAUUAUGCAUUUGAGUGCAAACUGUUUGCCUGUCUGACCAAACCGAGGCAAACUUCUCCUCCGCACUCUAUACACACUCCCUUAUGCUGGCAACUUGAAAUUGUAGUUUGUGCAACAUGAAAGCUAUAUAUGUACCAAUAUAUAGAUAUCUAUAUAUAUACUAUAUACUAUAUGGAGUGCGCGGAUGCAAACCAGAAUUAGAAUAUAUGCUAAAGAAAACGAAUGCAAAGCAAGGCAAAUGCAAGGCAAAUGCAGUGGAGAAAUGAAAUGAGUAAACCUUAUAGAGACUAGAAUCUGAGCGAUUCUAGUGUUAUGCAUAUACAUAUGUAUGUUAAAAGUUUGUUACUUUCACCUGUUCGGAGAACAACCGGGUCCAAGCCAAACUGAGGAAUAUUUUUGUGCAUUUUGUGUAAAUAUUGUAUCGUAGAAACGGAUAGGAAUGAACAAAAGCAACAAACUGAAACAACAUAAAUGCCUAGACUUUUUUGUAGCUGUACAUACAAACACACCCACACAGAAACACAAGCACACCCAUACACACAUACAGAUACAUGUAAAAACAAUGAAAGGAGAACUCGAAUUCACAAACCCAAGAAAGCAGACAAACAGGCAAAUUAUUUGCACACAAACUUCAGCCACUUCAACAAACCAGCUCUGAAAAGUGCUUAUCGAGAAGUGUUAUUGAAAUUUGUGCGCAAAUACAUAGUUUGCUAAUGGGAACAGCAAAUUAUUUUCACACACAUCAGUUCGCAAAGUGCUGAAAUCGAAAUUUGUGCGCAAAUAGUUUGUCUGCAUACACUUAACAUGCACAUUAUUUGCACACAAACUUCAGGCACAUCAGCAAACCAGCUCUGAAAAGUGCUUAUCAUAAAGUGCUGAAAUCAAAAUUUGUGCGCAAAUAGUUUGCCAGUGGGAACAGCAUACACUCAACUCUCAACAUACCCACACACACACACACACAAAACACACAGACAGACACAUAAAUAUAUAUAGAAAUACAUAGAUAUAUACAUAUAUAUAUUUUUUUCAAGUCUUUUAAGUGCAAAUUGUUGAACAAAAAUGGAAAAUAUGAAACGCAAGUCUUAUGAAAACCUAGCAAGUAAGGCAAAUGAAAAUUGUAAAGGAAGCAGCAGCAACAACAACAUAAGUGGAUUGCAUUAAACUACGACUAGAGAUUAGCUGGAAGUAUAUUAUACGAGUAUACACACAUAGGUACAUAUGAAUACAUACAUACAUCUAUACUAGAUCAUAUACGAUACUGUAAUUUAUUUAUUUAUGGCAAAGAAUAAACAUUUUGUUUUCGAAACGUAUGCAUGCUUUUGGAAAAAACAGACUUUUGAGUGUGUAAAUAAAUUCAUUUACUUUCUUCCCCAUCAUUAUUAUUGAUUUUUAUGAACAACUCUAGUUUAGUUUAACACUCAUUUUCCCCACAUUUCAACCCACAAUUCAACCUCUUUGCUAUUCGAACAAACAAAUACAUGCUUUUGGAAAAAACAGACUUUUGAGUUUGUAAAUAAAUUUUCUUACUUUCUUACAACUAAUUAUUUCAAAAUUCCCCCACAUUUCAACCCCUUUGCCACUCUGUACACUUCUGUGGAUACAUAUGUACGAGUACAUCGAAUACAAAGCGACAGAACGCUUCCUGUAUUAUUUCUUUUGGUUGUCGUACUCUACAAACAAUACAAAAAGAAAGAAAAAAAAAUAAAUAUCUUACGCAAGUCUGAAAGUAUUUCUAUCGAAGAGUUCUAAACUGCUUAACUGUAAAUUGUAAAUAGUAAGCGAGGGAUAUUUGUAAACUAAUCUUCAAAAAUUGACGAAACUGGACUUAAAAUUAGCGCUAUGCAUCCACGAAACUAUGAAACCUACACAUAUACUAUAUACAUACUUAUAUAACUAAAAACAAUAUAUAUACAUAUAUUAUAUACAGAUAAAGAUAUACAGAUAUUACUACAAAAUAGCAUUAAUA